CUUGACUCUGGUAUACUUUUCGUUGCGUAGGGAGGAGUCAGUGGUUAGUUUCUUUAUUAAAGUGGCAUGUUUAUCGGGUUUAUCAGAAAUUCUACAACAUGAAUCGCACCAUGUGUCCAUAAUGUAGAGUGUGUGUGUUGCCGACGCAAAGCUGUUGAUCCGCGACCAGACAACUGUCGAUAAAACAUCGAGGGAAACUAACGGAACAGGAAGGCGGAACAAGAUCACAGAUCGUGCUGAAGCAAACGUCAAAACGCGGCUCAUAACAAAGCUCUGCUCUGCUCUGCUUGUUUACGCUAAACCUUCUGACUGCUUCCAUUUGAAUAGUAAAUAAUUCACCUUGAAGCGUUCAAACAACCAUGUCCAUGGCCCUGAAACAAGUCUUCAACAAAGACAGGACAUUCCGCCCCAAGCGUAAAUUUGACCCCGGGACGCAGCGCUUCGACCUGCAUAAGAAGGCCCAGGCAUCUCUCAACGCAGGACUGGACCUGAAGCAGGCGGUGCAGCUGCCCCACGGCGAAGACCUCAACGACUGGGUGGCCGUCCACGUCGUCGACUUCUUCAACCGGAUCAACCUCAUCUACGGCACCAUCAGCGACUCAUGCACCGAUCAGACCUGCCCCGUCAUGUCUGGCGGGCCCAAGUAUGAAUACCGCUGGCAGGAUGAGCACAAGUACAAGAGGCCGACUCCGCUGUCGGCCCCCAAGUACAUGAGUCUGCUCAUGGACUGGAUUGAGGUACAAAUCAACAACGAGAACAUCUUCCCUACCAAUGUUGGUACUCCCUUCCCUAAGACCUUCAUGCAGGUGGCUAAGAAGAUUUUGUCUCGUCUGUUCCGCGUGUUCGUCCACGUCUACAUCCACCACUUUGACCGCGUGAGACAGAUGGGGGCCGAGGCUCAUGUCAAUACCUGCUACAAGCAUUUCUAUUACUUUGUCACUGAGUUCAACCUGACAGACCACAAAGAGCUGGAACCUCUGAAAGAGAUGACCUCUCAGAUGUGCCACUGAAGGAGCACAGUGCGCGGGACCUAAGGACACAUACCACACAUCCGUCCGUCUGGAAGACUGCAGCAGAGAACAAACAUUCAGAAGAGUCUAUUUUUGUAUUUAAGUACUGUAAUCUAUUUUAGCCGCAUACUGUAGGUUUUUAAACAAGAAACUUCGUCAUGUGAGGUGUUGCUUUCCAAAAGGUUUUUCAGACAUUUUAUCAGAGCACAGUAUUAAGAGAGAAGUAUGUUUUGUGUUGAUGUUUGUUUUGUUUUUUCUAUUUUGUUUGAAUCUCAAAUCAUUACAGCAAUCUUCAAUCGUCUUUCCUCCUGUUUUCAAAAAUCUGAUCUAAAAUAGUACGAGUUCUUUCUGUAAAUCUAUAAAAAAAAAAUCUCUGUGUCGCUACAUUAAAAUAACUCUCUACUCUGUUAUAAUUUGAA